CUGGAGAAGGGCAGCCUCGGAAGAGACGCAGAUGCGGGACGCUGUUAGGUAGCCUUGGAUCCCCGGCGCCGCGCGCUCUGAGCCCGGCCGGAGCGCUUGGCUGAGCAACCGGCUGAGCAAAAUCACCAUCACCGUAAAAGAAGGCGAGCUUUGGAAAACCGAGUCGCGAGCACCUGGUGGGCUGAAUGCAUCGCUUGGGCGUCCGCGGAAGGACCCUCGGCCGCUCGGGGCUUUAGGUCCGUCUCUUCCACCGGGGCUCGUGGCCCGUCCCGGGGAGAGACUAUGCGGUCUGGGAAGCCUCCUCCUUACGUCUUCGCGGUCUUCGGGCUGAGCGGUCUUUCGGCGCUCCUGCUCCUGUUCCUCGGGCAACCUCCGCCGGUUUCCAAACACACGCCGCCGCCGCCUCGGUUUCCCCGCCUGCCUCGUCUCCAGGAGAGCCAUUUCCUCCGGCGCGCCUGCGGGGCUCUGGCUCGGGGGCAGAAAACCUUGGUGUGGGGAAACUCUCUCCGGACGUCCUUGGGCAGAGCCGCUUCCUGCCAAGACUACGUGACGGGGAGUCACUAUGUGACCCGGGUCGUCUCUGCCGAAGCGGCGGCUUUUCCCUUGGCUUACGUCUUCACCCUCCACAAAGAACUGGGCACCUUCGAGCGGCUCUUCAGGGCUGUUUACGCCCCCCACAAUAUCUACUGCAUCCACGUGGAUGAGAAAGUGCCAUCCAAGUACAAGCAAGAAGUGGAGAAAAUAUUGGAGUGCUUCCCCAAUGCCUUCCUGGUUUCCAAAGCGGAGCCUGUGGUUUACGCUGGCAUCUCCAGGCUUCAGGCUGAUUUGAACUGCAUGCAGGACCUGCUGAGAUACCCCGGCUGGAAAUACGUCCUCAACAUGUGUGGCCAAGAUUUCCCACUCAAAACCAACAAGGAGAUUGUCCAGCACCUGAAAAAGUUCAAAGGGAAGAAUAUCACCCCUGGCAUCCUCCCUCCACCCCCCAUAACUUCAAGGACCAGAUUUGUAUACAAGGAGCACAUAGGCAAGCAAGCUUCCUACAUGCAAAGGACUGGGACCCCCAAACCGCCACCUCCCCACAACCUCACUAUCUACUUCGGGUCUGCCUAUAUUGCUCUCACGAGGCCCUUUGUGGAGUUCCUCUUCAAUGACUCCAGGGCCAUUGAUUUGCUCCAAUGGUCCAAAGACACUUACAGUCCCGAUGAACAUUUUUGGGUAACGCUCAAUCGGAUUCCAGGU